GCACGGACAAGAGACCUACCGCCGCCGCCGCCGCCACCUGCAUCGGCCGGCCGGAGCACGACGCCGGCGAGGAGACCACCAGAAUGGGUCGAUCCGGUGGUCCUCCUCCUCCUCCCUCCAAUUUCUCUGCCCAUCUCCACCAUCCAAAUCCCGUACCUUCGAGGACGGCCAUGGCCCCGGUGAUGAGGGUCGGCCUUUCCCGUCCCGACCAGUCCUCGACGGCAGCAGCCCCGUCCGUUGUGGCAUCCGCCUCUUCUAGGCCGACGCCAGCAAGCCAUGGGGGGACCCCUACAGCACCCUUUCCUGCGAGCCAGGAGUCAGCGUCCGCCAUGGACGCUGAAGCUUCGGUCGGGCACACCACCGGCAUGAGCGGCAACGUCGGCCAGACCGGCGCCCCGACCAAGAGACGUGCAGCAUGCUCAGCCACUAAGGAAGAGCAGGGUGAUUCAAUGGAGUGGACUGAUGAGUACGUCCAAAUUGUUUGUUCCUUGAUGGUUGAACAAGUGGGACAGGGGAAUCGUCCCAACACUCAUUUGAACCCUUUAGGCUAUAACACUGUGUCAGAAAGGUUCUACCAGAUGACCGGAAUUAGUUUAUCAAAGACACAACUGAAGAACAAGUGGGAUAAGUUAAAGGGCGACUGGUCUUGUUGGAAUAAAUUAAUGAGGAAGCAAACUGGGACAGGUUGGGACAGUUCGAAGGGAGUUAUUGUCAUGGACAAUGAGUGGUGGAAGAAGGCGAGAAAGGACAUUCCUGGAUGUGGCAAGUUUAGAAAAAAGCCUCUUCAAAAUCUGGAGCAUCUUUCCAAAAUGUUUGGUGAUAUUUUGAAUGAUGAACAAGAUCAUUGGAAUCCCAUGAGUGACAACCCCAUCAUACCCCCAAGUCAAGAGAUUUUUGUUGAUGCUGAUAAUGUUGUUGGAAUUGGAGAGGAAGAGGUUCAUGACAUCCCUGAUGAUAUUGGUAAUGUGGUUGGAGGUGAGGAGGAUGAGGUUCAUGAGGUUUCGCCUUGCAUUGCUAAUGCAAAGAAAUACCUCGUGUUCUUUUUGAAAAAAAUAAGAAGCCAAAGUCAAGCACAACACUUGUUAUCCAAGAUAAAAUCACAAAGAUAGCUGAAUCCGCCGCUUCUUUUACUUCAAUGAAGCAAGGAGAGGUGACAAUCAAGGAAGUCAUGGAUAUGGUCUUGGAAUGUGGGGCCGUACACGGUUCCGAUGAGCAUGAUAUUGCCACACAGUUAUUUGUGAAGAAGGACCAAUGGGAAAUGUUCAAGACCCUUCCUAAAGAGUUUAGGUUCAAUUGGCUUAAGAGGAGAUACAACGACAAGUAUGGAAAUUGAAGAAGUAGUGUGUUGGCGCAUGAAUUUUUCUUACGUCAUGUCAUUUGAACUAUUUGCUUUAUGUAUGUUGGAGUGAACUAUUUUGUCAUUGUAUGCCACU